GGACCGGAGACGCGUCACAUCUCAGGCGUCUGUCACGUCUCAGCGGCUGUGAUUGAAAACGGCUUGUUUUGGGCUGAACGCAGUUGUUUGCUCUCGGUGUGUGUGUUUAAGGGGACAGUUUACACACGGGCUCGAGCUGGAGUUACAUCUGAAAACUUCAUUUUCUUCCACUGCUUCGGAAAGUGAAAAUAUGCCAAUUUACGGAAACGCCUGGGGCUUAUUAUAGAAAUACAUCCGAGGUGCUGUGUUUUGGCUUUUGCUUUCCUUGCUGAGCACACACAGAAAUUAACACACCUCUGAUCAUCAUUUUCGGUUUAAAGGAGGGGAGGGGAAAACACAAACAAACCCCUCCAGCCUGACGGAGAUCCACGAGGUUUGUGAGUUCUUGUGCCAGAAGUUUCUGAAGAACUCCUCGAGUAUUUCUGAGUCCGUUCAUCUGCCUCACUCACUGCUACUAAAACUCCCGUAAAUCUCCUGAGAGAGUCAAUUUUCUUUGCAGCUGGAUGCAGAUAUGAGUUUUCUCCGGUUCUCGGGACCUUCACACAUCCCCACAUUAUUAAUUUUGCUCAUUCAUGCGCUCUCAAGUGCAGUCGCAACACGACACAUCAUCUACUGGAACUCCACCAACACCAGGUUAACAAGUGAUGACUACACAGUCCAAGUAAAUCUGAACGACUACCUGGACAUCCUGUGCCCACACUACCCAUCUGGCUCUCCCGAGCACGGUCCUCCGGAGAUGCUGGCGCUCUAUCUGGUAGCCGAGCACAAGUUUCAGGGCUGCCAUGAGACCGAAGGGGCUAUAAAGAGGUGGGAGUGCAACUCUCCCUACGCUCCCUUCGGCCCUGUCCGAUUCUCGGAGAAAAUCCAGCGCUUCACACCCUUCUCUCUGGGCUUCGAGUUCCUCCCUGGACACCACUAUUACUAUAGCUCCCUGUCUGUGGAUGAUGGACCCCCCCUUCCAUGCAUGAAGCUGCGAGUCACUGUGUGCUGCGGGACCGAAGCAACAACUGUAAAUAAAGGAGAAAUUCCAGCUCCCCGCAGUUUUGCCCAACCUGGAAGAACGAGUCCACUGCCUGUCCUCGCUCUCAUCUCCUUUUCCCUCUCUUGUUUUUUAUGAUAAUUGGAAGCUUCAACCCAGCUAAUAGCUAAGACAUGCCAACAGGUCAUGUGGGAUCACUCACUAUCUGUACACACACACACACACACACACACACACACACACACUCUCUCUCUCUCUCUCUCUCUCUCUCUCUCUCACACUCACUCACUCUGCUCACUCACCCUACUGUCAUAUAUUUGGAGUGGCACUAAUCUCUCUCCCUCCAUUUCCUCUCUCUCCCUGUCCACUCUGUGCCGCUUCAUUCUAGACGCGACUGGCACUAAUCUACCUUCAAAGAACUCUUCCUGCUGCUCUUCUUUUGUGUAAUCCUUUAUUCAUUAAAAAAAGCUUCUAUCCCCCUUUCCCUCCAUACACCCCUUUUCUCUUACUGUACACUACUACUGAACUGAGCCAAAGGGGAGAAGACGAGGAGAGCAGUGGACGUCCCUGUAGCACCUGUGCUGCUAAGAAAAAGUGCAGGGACACAGCGCAAGCAAUAAAGCUCUCCGCUCAUUCAUCAGCUCUCAGGAUCACACUCGAAGACUUUUUAUUUUGCUCACUUUCCGCCACGGAUGAACUGGAGCCAAAGCGAGACACCACUACACUCAAGGUGAAACGUUUAACGUGAGACCAAUUUGUAUCUGAGGACUAGCAGAGACAAAUGUGUCAUUUUCAUUCAGAACACACUUGAGAGGAGGAGAAGCUGGACCAACAGGAAGAGGUUUUACUGCUUCCUGUUCAGGCUCAGCCAGAAAUUGCCAUGGACUACGGUUCGCUGUUCAUCUCAGCAACAGUGAAUGCGAUUGGGAAGUUUGUUUCACACCACCAGUCACGCCUGAAAACGAUUGGUCAGUUCCGCUCGCAAAGCUUCUCGCUUAUGAAGAUGAUUGGACAGUUUCCUCAGCACGUAAUCACAUUCAGAUUCUUUUUUUUUUUUCCUUCAGUUGAUUUUAUUUCCGUUUCUCUGCGUUCAUAGAAUCCUGUGUGUAUGUACUGGCACCCAAUUCCAUUAUUAUACAGGUAUCAAAUUCAGUUUGUUUGUUUAGACCAAGAGAAAAUGUCUCAUUUUAAUCAUUUUCAUGUUUGUUAUUCAUUACAAAGUGAUUUCAGAACAUGUUCUAUGCUCAUAUUUUAUAGAAAUAAUACAUAAAGGAAGACCCACAGUAAAUUUCUUUGAAAUUGCAGCUUUUGCAAUGGAAAUGUUAUUUUAUUGAAAAGUAACAUCCUAUUUAAAUUCAUUUAAAAUGUUUUUUGAAAUUUAUGUAUCUUGUAGGCUAAUAUUCUUCAAACCAAAUUUGUGGUUGCUUAUUCUUUUGUCUUUGUAUGAAAUGCUGAUAAAGUUCAGUUUUUAUACCGAAUCAAGUUAUUGAAUCAAGGGUGCAAGUACAUUUACAUUAAAAAAAAAAAGUUACAAAAACAUCGAAAUGAAAAGUGUAAAACAGUUUAGACAAAAAAUUUGUGUGCUGGAUUUCUCAUGAUUUUUUUUCUGUGUAUAAUUUUUGGUUUGGUUUUGUUUGUUUUUCACAUUUUAGUGAAGAGUUUGGUGUCUUCUGUGAAGAAUUACAGGUUUAAGCAUUUUUGUACUGUGAAAUAAAUGAUCCUGAGUAAAUAAUAAAGCUGGUUAAAUUUG